CACCUCGUCAUCUCUACCCUUCAGCAUCCAACACUCUACAACAACCACCCUGGAUUGCUGUUACGAUCAUGUAGCACCUUUUUGAACCAAAGCAGAUGAACAACGAUGGUGCUCUCGCUAUCUGUCCCUAGCUUCUCCAGAUCCUCGUCCUCAUCCCCCACGACUCAACCCGACAACAACAACAACGACAACGACAACAACCAGAAUAACCAGAAUAACCACCGUCGCCAUCGCUCCUCAACCUCAACAAAACACCCAUGGCGUCCAACAUCCGUCCUCUCCUCCUCCACCAACCACACCCCAUCCUCCUCCACCAGCAAUAGCAGCAGCAACAUCCUCCGCGCUCCAUUCACCACCCGCACCCGCCCAUCCUUCUCAAAAACAAAAGAACAACUCGAAGAACACCACCGCGAACAAGCAGAACUCAACACGGCCCUGGAAACCCUAGCCCGGGUCUUUCCGGAUGUCAAGGUCGAAGUAUUCCGGGAGAUGCUGGUGCGGUUCGAUGGGAAUAGUCGGGUUGAGGUUUGCGUGGAGGAGUUGUUGAGGCAUAAGAAGGAGUGGGUUGGAGGGAGGUGGAAUGUUCCUGAUGGUGAUAAUACUGGAUCUAGGGGUGGUGGUGAGAAAGUGGUUGGGGGUGAUGGUGAAGGCGCAGUACCCUACGAGGAACGAUUUCGAUCCGAUGAAUACAAAGCAGCUGUCAAGGCGGUACUGGGGAAAGAAUUCACAGCGCUGAGCAAGAGUACCGUUGACGCGGUUCUGGCAGAGGUGAAUUUCUGCUAUCACCGGGCGAGACCUACACUACGAGACCUGGCGCGACGGACAUGGCGCGCGACGUUUAAUAACCUGUUUCCAUCGUUCAAGCGGAAGAAAGACCUUCCCAGGUUGAAAGAGACGGGGUGUGCGGAGUUAGAUCGCGAACUGCAUGAGGCGCUAUUGGCGCCGUUGCUGCGGCAGAGGCAGGAGGAGCAGCAAGAAAAAGAUUUCCGGAUGGCGGAGGAGUUGAAUGAGAGUGAAGCCAAGGUUGCUGAUGCGCUGUAUGAAUGCGAGUGCUGCCUGUCGGAUGUGACGUUCGAGCAGAUAUCGACGUGUUCGGUGGCUGGACAUGUUAUAUGCUACGGGUGUAUACAGAGGACUGUGCAUGAAGCGCUGUUCGGGCAGGGGUGGAAUAAAUCCGUUGAUAUCGAACGGUCGACGCUGAAGUGUCUUGCGCCGCUCUCGCAUGGGAAUUGCGACGGGACUUUACAUACGAAUAUCGUGAAGCGGGCGAUUCUACUGGAUAAGGCAGGAUUCGAGACGCAUCGGAAGUUUGAGGACAGGCUUGCCAGCGAGGCACUGCUGAAAUCGCAGUACAAGCUUAUUCGCUGCCUGUUUUGUUCGUACGCUGAGGUUGAUCCGGUUUAUCAUCCUUCGGUUAGGGGUGUGCGAUGGCGGUUUCGGACUAAUGGGUUUGUUGCUAUGAUUGUCAUGACCAUCCUGUUUAUUGACUUGAUAUGUCUACUUGCGGUUCCUAUGUUUAUCCUCUGGUUGAUGGACCCGUCUGCCAUUCCUGCUAUUCUGCAGAAUUCGCUGCUGAAUCUGUGUCUCAAGAUUCGCCCGAAACGGUUUACUUGUGCGCAUCCGGCUUGUCGACGGGUUAGUUGCAUUACCUGCCAGAAACCAUGGCGGGACCCGCAUGUUUGCCAUGAGCCGUUGCUACUUGAUCUACGAGCGACGGUGGAGGCAGCUCGCACGGCAGCCGUCAAACGAACAUGUCCCCGAUGUGGUCUAUCCUUUGUCAAAUCCUCCGGCUGCAACAAAUUAACCUGCGUCUGCGGCUACUCCAUGUGCUACCUCUGCCGCAAAGCCCUAGGCCCACCCCUCGAACCAGCCCUCCAACCCCGCCGUCGUCGCCCACCCCGCCGCAAUCAAGAAAACAACCCCCCAGACCAAACAGACGAAUACGAGGAUGAAAACGACGAGCCCGAAGAACCCGAAGGCUACCGGCACUUCUGCGAACAUUUCCGACCAAACCCCGGCUCACGCUGCACCGAGUGCAACAAAUGCGACCUCUACCAAUCUGAAGACGAAGACGCUGUUGCACGACGCGCUGGUGAACGCGCCGAGCGCGAGUGGCGGAUUAGACAGGGUAUGACUGGCGGCGCUGGCGCUGUUCCGGGCGUUGGGAAUCGGAAUGUCAAUCUUGAUUUACGGGAUUGGAAUUGGAGGUAUUGGAUGUUUGAUAUGUGGGCUGAUGGGUCGUGGAGGGUUGAGGGACAGACGGCGGUGGAUUGGGUUGUGGAGAGGGUUGUUGUUGUUGAUGAUAUUUGAGCUUUUCUUUUCUCUUCUUGUGUCUUUUCAUUCUCAUUUGGGUACUGCUUUGUUUCUUUCGGGGUUACUUUCUUGUGACUGUUUUAUUUAAUACUU